GUGCAAGCCUAUCUCAUCGAAGGUUGCGUACAAUUGCUCUUGCUGAAUCAACACAGCAUCCUUGGUCCUGAGAAGCAGAUCAUCGUACUUGCGAUAUUUGCGCCCCCACUCGAGAGCUUCACGAUAGCUUUGCAUCGCAAGAACGAUGAGAGGAAUACCUCCAAGCACUAGGCCGGCGACUUCGGCCAUUGUUUUUCGACGAAAUACAGAUGCACUUCGGUGAAACGAUCUGCCUCAUCGAUCUCAGUAUUAAUACAUCGUUUUCCCGUGUCCUUGCCCCGCACGAGGCUGAGGAUGCUGCAUGAUGAUCACCUCAGCACGCCGCCGCCACCAAAUCCUGAUAAGAACGCGCGCUUUAACAACUCAAGAUCGGUCGCAGUUCUCUCCUCCCAAAAUUGCGACUCAGAAAUCAUGUCUAUAUCAUCAAUUUUCAAAGACGCUCGGGAGAAGCAUUGGGAACUUGUCCUGAGCCUUGAAGGGAAGAGUGGUUCCUUACUCCUACCAAUCCUUCACGACCGCAACUUAUGCAUCAAGGACGAGUAUGGUAGACUAAGCAUCUGGGGUGAACAGACUGGGGCAGUCCUUCCGGCAAGGGCGAGGCAUUCUCUCGACGAACAGCUUCGUGACAACGAGAAAAUAAGAAACAUCACGCUCAGAUCCAUAACGCGGCUGACAAGCCAUAUCCAAAAAGGGAUUGCACAGAUAAGAGCCUUUCCAGCUCGAUCGAACAGAAAGGUAGGACAAACGAUUCAGGCCGAUGAAAAUGAAGACUAUGACCCGUCUUCGUCAGACGAAAGUUAUUCUAUACAAAAUUCUGAUCUCGACCGCCCGACCUUCGAUCUUCACAAGAGCUGUCAAUUUGUAUCGGACGACAUCCAAUCUCUUUACCGUAUUUCUACCCUUCUAAAGCGUCCCCACGGUGUCAACAAUCUGCCGAGGCCAAAAAACACAAACAUUUACUCUGAUGCUACGCUGAAGGAGGCCGAAGAAGAUGCUUACUGGAUGACGUAUAAAAUGCGUGAGUGGAGGCGACUACAAGCCACCGUCGAUGGAAGGAGAGCCGUGAUCUCAACAGAUGAUCUGAUAGAUAUCGAUUUUCUGUGCCAACGACUAAAAUCGGCCAAUAUGCUUCGACGUAAUCAGCUCAAGUAUUGGAACGAGAAUCCUGACAUCCUCGAGCCACCAGAGGAGAUAUCAGAACCUGCACUGGGGCUAAGAACGCCUUACGCCCACAGUCCACCAGUCGCUGGUACGCUCUCUUCGGACGGUGCUAUCUCUGCGUUGGUCGAAGCCGGGGAUGAACACACUUACGUGGUUGGAACACCGAAUGCGACCAGAGUCCCAAAUGUGCCAGAGUGCUCGAAAACAGAUCCUGCUUUCAAAUGCCCUCUUUGCUAUCUCACGCUCAAUUCGGAUAGCAUGCAAAACAGAGCCGCCUGGAGGAAACACGUCCUACAUGAUCUUCGGCCAUAUGUCUGCAGUUUCAAAAUAUGUCCGGAUUCUGGAAGAUUGUUUGCCACAAGAGAUGACUGGAUAUACCACGAACAACAAAUGCAUCGUCGGAAAUGGGUCUGUCCCGAUGAGUGCGCCCACAGUUUGUAUUCGAAAUCGGCCAUGAUUGAACAUGUUAUAGACACUCACUCUCACAAUCUCCAUGAAGAUCAGAUAUCGGUUUAUGUGGAUAUGUGUGAGACAGAGAUCCAUGUCACCGAACGGGACCGAUGUCUUAUCUGCUUGAAGGAGAUGCCGUUAUUCCAAUUGCAACGUCAUCUUGCCAGACAUAUGGUAGAGAUCGCGCUGUUUGUCUUGCCCUCACCGACCGAGGGUGUGGCAGAUGGAAUCAUGACAGAUUCGGAUACUGAAAUAUCGGAAAAGACUACACAGCUAGAUCUUUUCGAGAGAGAAGAACAGCCAGACACACUGUCAAGCCUCGAAGAGGGAUACCUUUAUCCUGAGCCAUCUACUGGCAAGCUUCCGCAGCUUGCCCCAAAACCGAACUGCAACAGCACGCCUGUUUCGGGAAUCAGGAAGUCACUCGAGGACGACAAGUCCAUGGUCAGAUCUUUCCAAGAUCGGGGUUUUAAUUAUACAGAGUUCCUUGUUUUCCCCACACCUCCUGCAGCUCGACGCCUUGACUAUACGCCAGAUCUCGUCCUGUGGUACAGAAGCCUGCAAGCUGAGGCAGAUUCUACCUCUGUGGACCCAAAGCUUGUCAGCCUGAUCACCGAGCAAGUCGUUGCUAAGCUCGAAAGGUCUGGCACUCGCCAAGGUCGACCGGAACAGCGGACUGCGUCUUCUGUCCCUACAGAGCCCGGAAGAUGGCCUGCAGAAACAGACAUACCACCUCAAGAUCUUUCCACAGUCCCUCCAAAGAUAAUCGCUCGGAUCAGAGAAGAAAUCGGAAAUGCCAUCAGAAAAGACAAAGAGUCAUGGCACAACCCAACCAAGAUCACGUGGUCGAGGUCAGGCCUGCAGCACGAACGAGAACUUCCAUCCGAGCGUGAGACUCUCCAAGCACAGUAAUUAUUGUCCGAACUGGAUGCCGGAGAAUUUGACAAGUACGAUCACACGUCGCGACCUCUGCCACCUACUAAACACAAGCUGUGGUCGAACUAAUGAGGAUCGCGAGCGGUGCCAGAACUGCUAUGACCUCGACUCCCCUUGCACGUAUGGACGCACUUCUAAGCGUAAAGACGAUUGGCAAUCUACAUCUCCGACCGUAGAGUUCAACGUCGAUAAGCUUCUGAAAUACCCAAGGAGAGAUGACGGUGUGACUCGAGAGGACAAGCAAGCCCUAACCCCCGCGUGGCGUAGACAAAACGUGUAUGUUUUCAAGUCGUCGUCUCUUUAUUUGAAUUCCCCGCUGACAUGUGAUGGUGACCAUAGUCAACGAGCGUUCCAUGA